AUGGAGUUGCGCGAGGUUGAUCCAGCGAGUAUCAUCGCCGAGUGUAAGGAUCGUUUUGACAAGAUCAUGAAUCCGUAUCAUUGUAUUCGAGUUUUGGCUGCGGUUGAAGGCCUCGAAACAAGCGGGGUUUCGAAAUGCUCGUUAUCGUCCAUGCUCCCUGGCUAUCGACAUAUCAUGAACUUUACGUCAGGAUGUGAUUUUGUAGAGCUUACUUAUCUUCAAUACGGCGUCCCUCCACUAAUGUUGCUUUGCUUUGUUGGAAACAUGCUUAAUCUUUUGAUCUAUGGUCUACCAUACUUUGACGGCUCGAGCUCUGUUCAUUUUUUAAGAGCCAAGGCUGUGUUCAAUAUCAUCUUCAUGUUCUCCAGAAUAUUGGAAGUCCUUCAUGCUUCCAGCCUCGCUCCUCUAUCCUGGCUGGAACCACUUUUCUGGAAAUCCCGUCCUUACAUGAUGAUGAUUUCCAAUAUCAGUGGAACAAUGUCGACAUGGUUAACCUUGAUGGUUACUGUUGAAACUGUAAUGUGCAUUAUGAUGCCAUUUGUCUUCAGAAAGUAUUGCACUAAAAGACUAACAUGGAUAUUUUUGAUAACCUCGUUGAUAAUUGCGUCAGCAUUGCAUACGACAAUUCUCUGGGUGACCGACGUCGAGGAGCACGUGAAAGUAAAAACCUAUGUGCCGAAUUUCAAAUUGGAGAACACUUCGUGCUGGUUCUUGCAGUCGGUGUUUCGUGUUCGCAAUAAUCCGCAAUUUGAAAUUUGGCGCAGAUUCUACACAACUAUCACUAUGGCUGUUUCCAUAGUGAUUCCAACUGUUGCCAUGCUUGUUUGCUCUAUUUUGAUCACAAAGCAUUACAGCUUGAAGGAUCUUGGAGAGGCAUUCUCACAGCGCAGACGAUGUGUUAUUCGAAUGACAGUAGCCACCACAAUAAGUCAUUUGCUUCUUGAAGGACCUGCCACUUUAACCCACGCGGCAAGCGCAAUAAAAGGGGAAGAUUAUAGCUAUUUAAUGUGCUUGAUGAAUCAUGGAAACAAUUUCUUGUCACUUUUCAAUGCCACAAUUCCGUUUUUUGUUUUUCUUAUUUAUAACCAACAAUUUCGACACAUGACUAUAAUGUAUAUUAAGGCAAUAGCUCAAAAGGAUCAAGCAAAGAGGAAAUCAUAUUUCUCGCAGGCGGGAAUGCGGUGUGGUCGAAUGUCUCGAAUCGAAACAGACUGCUCAUUCGCUGAAACUCGUCUUGUUUCAAGACGCUCAAACGUAUAA